UUCACUGAUUAGAGCCAGCGCUGAGAGGCAGCACUGCUCCUUCUCUCACACCAACAGUCUCUUGAUCUGUACAUGCAAUCCCAGGCAGCUCGCGAGCACAAACCCGGGGCCAGCCGCCUGCUGCUACCGCUGCCGCCUCUGCCGCCGCCACCGCCACCACCUCUGCCUCCGCCGGCUCCGCGCACCCGGGACUUUUCAUGCACCACCCUCCCCGCCUUCUUCCCUCUGUGUCCUGAAAAGUGUGACCGUUCUCCCCAGGAAUUUCCACGGUCUGAAAAGGACAUGAUUACCCAGUAAUAUUUCCUGCCCAGAUCCAAGGUGCCACCCUUCCUCCUUUCCAGGGAAGACUGCUUCUUGUCUGACGCUGACCAUCAAAAGAGACUCCAAUGGACUUACACCGGGCAGCCUUCAAAAUGGAGAACUCAUCCUACCUUCCCAACCCUCUGGCAUCGCCAGCACUGAUGGUCCUGGCAUCCACGGCCGAGGCCAGCCGGGAUGCUUCCAUUCCUUGUCAGCAGCCACGACCCUUUGGUGUACCUGUCUCAGUAGAUAAGGAUGUGCAUAUUCCCUUUACCAAUGGUUCCUACACCUUUGCCUCUAUGUACCAUCGGCAAGGUGGGGUGCCAGGCACUUUUGCCAAUCGAGAUUUCCCUCCUUCUUUACUACACCUCCACCCUCAGUUUGCUCCCCCAAAUCUAGAUUGCACCCCAAUCAGUAUGCUGAAUCACAGUGGUGUGGGGGCCUUCCGCCCCUUUGCAUCCACUGAGGACCGGGAGAGCUACCAGUCAGCCUUUACACCGGCCAAGCGACUUAAGAACUGCCAUGACACAGAGUCUCCCCACCUGCGCUUCUCAGAUGCAGAUGGCAAGGAAUAUGACUUUGGGACACAGCUGCCAUCUAGCUCCCCUGGUUCACUUAAGGUUGAUGACACGGGGAAGAAGAUUUUUGCUGUCUCUGGCCUCAUUUCUGACCGAGAAGCCUCAUCUAGCCCAGAGGAUCGGAAUGACAGAUGCAAGAAGAAAGCAGCAGCAUUGUUUGACAGCCAGGCCCCGAUCUGCCCCAUCUGCCAAGUCCUGCUGAGGCCCAGCGAGUUGCAGGAACAUAUGGAGCAGGAGCUUGAGCAACUGGCCCAGCUGCCCACCAGGUAAGCCACUUACCAGGAGUCUGACUACUGGGGGAUUUCGCUCAGACUUCUAGCCAUCAGGUCUCACCUGAUGGCUUCUCAAGUGAAAGCAGGAAUCUUCAGCCAUUUUCCACUACUCUAUUUUCAGUGCUCAUUCCCCAGCUGAAUGGUUCUACCUUUCCCCUUCUUGCUUUAGUUUUUGGGAAAGAGAAAAAUGGGAAAACAGUGACCCUCCUGACCCCAGUCUCAGGAGAAUACAGGGGAGCUAAACAGGGAACAAGCCACCACUGCAGGCCCAGCUCUGCCACAUGGGGUCUCCAGAAAGAUUUUCUUUUUAAAACCUAUCCAGCCCAUCAUCCCCUCCAGCCUGGUUCUAUCUUCCAAGGGAGUAAGAGUACUUCCUCCAUGAAUCUCAAGGGCUGAAAGAUGACAAUCUUGAGAAUAUGUUCAGGCCUGUGCCCACAUCCUUGUCCCUGUUAAAGGACUGGGCUGAGCUUUCUCAAGGGCUUUGGGAGAAGCCAAGUUAACCAGGGCAACAGAGGAGCAUUAAAAAAUUACCUAGCUAGGCACCAGUGGCUCAUACCUGUAAUCCUAGCUAUGCAGGUGGCUGAGAUAUGAGGAUUACAGUUCAAAGCCAUCCUGGACAGGAAAGUCUGUGAGACUCUGAUCUCCCAU